UUCUCACUGAAAUGCGCGUGACCAGUUUCAUGUGAACGCGCAAAUCCAUAGUAGAGAGACGUUCAUCCGAAAUUUAUAUGUUUAGAUUUAACGAUGGAAAGGCAUCAGUCACACUCGCAAAUAAAAGGUGUCAGCACGGGUACCACCAUUCUUGCUGUUAAGUUCAAUGGAGGAGUUAUCAUUGGGUCUGACUCCAGAGCUUCAAUGGGAGAGUCCUAUGUUUCAUCAAAAACGAUCAACAAGCUGAUCCAGGUGCAUGAUAGAAUAUUCUGCUGCAUAUCUGGAUCACUGGCAGAUGCACAAGCUGUUACCAAAAUGGCCAAAUUUCAGCUGUCAUUCCACAGUAUUCAGAUGGAGUCUCCUCCGUUGGUGAAAGCUGCAGCAUCAAUUAUGAGGGAACUUUGCUAUAGCAAUAAGGAGGACUUGCAGGCGGGCUUCAUCACAGCGGGUUGGGAUAGGAAAAAAGGACCCCAGAUAUACACAGUGGCUUUGGGAGGAAUGCUGCUAAAUUUGCCUUUCGCCAUUGGUGGAUCUGGCAGCACGUAUAUCUACGGUUAUGCGGAUGCCAAAUUCAAACCUGACAUGAGCUUAGAAGAGGCUACACAGUUUGCCAAAAAUGCUUUGGCUCUGGCUAUGGGUCGGGACAAUGUUAGUGGUGGCGUGGUUCACCUGGUUGUGAUAACUGAAGCAGGAGUCGAGCAUAUUGUUGUUCCUGGAAAUAAACUGCCCAAGUUCCAUGAUGAAUAGGAUAACCCAACUGGACAGCUUUUCCAAAUAUCACUAAUUUGUGCUUAAAUAUGUGCAGUUUUAAUUAUUUUGAGACAUUACAAUCUUACUUUCAACACAUUUGUUUUAUCACUAAUAAAUACAAAAGUGUCAUGUUGUACAGUGUGAAUU